ACCGGAGCACACGCUCUCCACGAGUAGCGUCAGUUCGCGAGGCCGAAAAUCUGUCUGAAGAUUAAUUCGUCACGCGACAUCAACGAGUUUCCUGAAUUCAAGUAACGAACGAUCAUCGAUCAUGCGGCUGCAAUUGGGAUAUCUGCUAUGUCUCUGUUCGGUUGUGGUGUUUCUUACGAGAGAAGGCACCUACGCUAUGCCGCAAAGAGCUGCAAAGACCAACGUAUCUCAGUCGUUAAAUCCCGUCACGGCUCAAUCUCAUUCUGACGACGAUGAAGAUUUCGUGCCUUAUCAAGGCGAGCGUUUCACCACAUUUGAUUGGAUGUUGUUUAAGAGUCUCAGCAAAACAAACCCAAGCAACGUAUUGAUCUCACCGAUUUCCAUCAAAUUGGCAUUGGUGCUCCUCUACGAGGGAGCGCAGGAGCAAACCGCUCAAGAACUUGCUAAUGUUAUGCAACUUCCAGUUAACUUAUUGGCCACUCGGGAGAGAUUUACCAAUAUCCUGAAAUCUCUGCAGACUCCGUCUCCAGCGUAUACCUUGAAUAUCGGAUCGCGCAUUUAUAUCGAUAAUAACGUACUCCUCAGACAACGAUACGCGGCGACGGUGAAGACCUUUUACAACACCAAUGUGUUCAGCACCGACAUGUUGGAUGUGCACGCCCUUGCGACCAAAGUUAAUUCUUGGAUCAAUAACAUCACGGAUGGACACAUUGAGAACAUGAUAAACGAUGAGAAAAGCCUGAAGGAUACGGUGAUGCUGAUCGCGAAUGGAAUGUUCUUCAAAGGUGCUUGGCGCCGCCAAUAUUUCGCGGCCGAGAAGACUCGCGUUUCCAAGUUUUACAUCAACGCUAACGAUCAUGUAAAUGUACCGUUCAUGCACAGUGUGGGUCGAUUUUACUGCGGCGAGUCCGCGAAGCUCGGCGCAAAGAUCCUCCGGAUCCCGUACGACGGUUCGAAAUUCGCCAUGUACAUCUUACUGCCGCACACGCUGACCGGUGUGGAUCACGUUUUGGACGAAAUCGAUCCGUUUACACUGGGGAGAGAGAUGUGGGCCAUGCAGGAUCUGCCGCUGAACAUUUGGAUCCCGAAAUUCAAGUUUGAGUUCACGAGCCACUUGGAAAGAACCUUGCGCGCGCUUGGUAUUCAUGACAUCUUCGACAACACUGCGUUGUUGACGGGUAUAGCGAAAACGAAACGGGGCGCCAAACACCUGCAGGUGUCCGACGUGCUACACAAGACCGGAAUAGAAGUGAAUGAAAACGGCACGAUUGCUUUCGCUGCCACUGAGAUACAGAUUGGAAACAAGAUAGAAGAAGGCACAUUCAACGCCAAUCAUCCGUUUGUAUUCUACAUCGAGGAUGAGACCACAGGUACUAUCCUUUUUGUCGGCGUAGUGCGGAAUCCACUGGACGCACCCGGGACAACGGCGCAAGUUGAAACAGAAUCACGAUUCGGUUCGCAGGACCACACGAACACGACCAGACCUGUCGUUCCUGUCGCGAUCAGCGCCGAGGAGCGAUACAACUUCUUCAACAUCGAUCUCCUGCAGAGGAUCAACGAGAAUAUCGAUGGAAACGUGAUACUGUCCCCGUCCAGCGCGAAGGUCGCCCUUAUGAGUCUGGUGGAAGGCACAGGUGGUCGGACACGUCAAGAGCUUCUGUCGGCCUUGAGGUUGCCGCCGGAAGAACAUGCAAUCAGAAGAACAGCUAGACUGACCCUCGCGCUUCUAAAGAACUCGCGAAAUGGCACGGAGAUCGACGUGGCGACUAGCUUAUGGACCAAUCCCAAUCUUUCAGCGUCCGAAUAUUACAAGACCGCCUUGCAACAGCAUUACGACACCAACGUGCAGCAGCUGAAUUUCGCGGAUGCAAACGGUGCGGCGCAGACAAUCAACAAUUGGGUUCGCGAAACCACACGGAACAAUAUCAAUACGAUCGUUCAACCUGGCACUCUCGACCCUGACACCCAGUUGCUGUUGACCUCGGCCUUGUACUUCAAAGGACGCUGGUUGAAAUCCUUCGACCGAGACUCCACGCAUAUGCGAUGCUUCUACGUGCCCCAGCACGGCUGCCGGAACGUCUCUAUGAUGGAGAACAACUCCAAGUAUCGGUACGCUUAUAUAGGCUCGCUCGACGCCGAAGUGGCGGAGCUCCCGUACUCGGACGGCAGAACGUCUAUGUUGAUAUUCCUUCCGGCUCAUGAACAGAGCGACCCGUACCUCCAGAUCCUUACCAAGGAUCUGUCGUACGUGCCGAUGAAAACGUUGCUGGCCAGUCUCAUGGAAACCGAGAUGUUGCUCUCCAUUCCGCGAUUCAGCAUCGAAAGCAAACUGGAUUUGCGUUCACCCUUGAUGCGCAUGGGUGUGCUGGACAUUUUCCGCGCGGCAGCGAAUUUCACGGGCAUCGCGCAUAAUAAUUAUAUGCGAAUAGGGAAUAUAAUGCAAAACGCUAAGAUAGAAGUCGACGAAGAAGGGACGAUCGCUGCUGCAGUGACAGAACUCACAAUUAUACCUCUCAUGGGGAUGGGCCAGAAUUUCAUCGCGAACAGACCGUUUAUAUUUGCUAUCGUCGAUGUACCAACAGGUGAGACGCUCUUCGCCGGUCGUCUUAUGGAUCCUAUCAUGAGGAGCUCCAGCAGCACGUAGAAAUAAUCUUAGACAUAAGCUUAAUAUUCAUACACGGCAUAUUUUGCAUUUAAAGAGAUGCUUGCGAUACAAGAGAUUAUCAUUUAUGUAUAUAAUGCUGCUUUGUAAUACAAAUAAUAUUUGUACGGAUGUUUUUCAAUUACAA